AUGUCGUCCACCGAGGGAAAGACCAUCACUUGCAAGGCCGCCGUCGCCUGGGAGGCUGGCAAGCCCCUCUCGAUCGAGACCGUCGAGGUCGCUCCUCCCCGCGAUGGCGAGGUUCGCAUCAAGAUUCUCUACACCGGUAUCUGCCACACCGACGACUACACUCUCUCGGGCAAGGACUCUGAGGGUGUCUUCCCCGUCAUCCUCGGACACGAGGGUGGUGGUGUUGUGGAGUCGGUUGGCGCUGGCGUCGACAACGUCAAGGUCGGCGACCACGUUAUCCCCCUGUACACUGCCGAGUGCAAGAAGUGCAAGUUCUGCCUUUCGGGCAAGACCAACCUCUGCGGUGCCGUUCGCGCUACCCAGGGCAAGGGUGUCAUGCCCGACGGUACCGUCCGCUUCACCUGCAAGGGCAAGGAGGUCUUCCACUUUAUGGGCACUUCGACCUUUUCGCAGUACACUGUCGUCUCGCAGUACUCGGUUGUUGCCAUUGACCCCGCCGCGUCGCUUGAGAAGUCGUGUCUCCUCGGCUGUGGUAUCACCACCGGCUACGGUGCCGCUGUCAAGACCCCCGGCAUCGAGGGCUCGACUGUCGCCGUCUUUGGUAUUGGCUGUGUCGGUCUCUCCAUCAUCCAGGGUGCCCGUGCCAAGAACUGCUCCAAGAUCAUUGCCAUCGACGUCAACCCCAAGAAGGAGGAGUGGGCCAAGAAGUUUGGUGCCACCGACUUUAUCAACCCCACCGAGCUCAAGGGCAGCGUUGUCGACCACCUCGUCGAGAUGACCGACGGCGGUCUCGACUUCACCUUUGACGCCACCGGCAACGUCCACGUCAUGCGCCAGGCCCUCGAGUGCUGCCACAAGGGCUGGGGUGUCUGCAACGUUAUCGGCGUGGCCCCCGCUGGUGCUGAGAUCUCGACCCGUCCAUUCCAGCUCGUCACCGGCCGUGUCUGGAAGGGCUCUGCGUUUGGUGGUGUCAAGGGCCGCACCGAGCUUCCCGGUCUCGUCGCCGACUACCAGUCCGGCAAGCUCUGGGUCGACCAGUUCGUCACCCACCACCAGCCCCUGGAGAAGAUCAACCAGGGCUUUGACGACAUGCACGCCGGCGACUGCAUCCGCUGUGUUGUCAACAUGGGCUUCAACGACGCUCCUUAG